GACCGGUGCGAACCGACACGGGUCGGGAGGGACGAUAGGGAGCGGUCGAGCCACCCUGUGAAGGUGGGAAAGCAGCAGCAGCAGCAGCAGCUCACCAUGGCCCUGGCAGACAACACAGGCUGUGCCAAACCCACCGAGGACUUCCCCUUCCCUGAGAUCAUCGAACUCAAUGUGGGUGGGCAGGUCUACAUCACUCGCCACCCCACCCUGGUCAGCGUGCCUGGGUCGCUCCUCUGGGAGAUGUUCACCCAGAAGAAUGUCCGCUCCUUGGCCCGCGACAGCAAGGGCAGGUUCUUCGUGGACCGGGACGGGUUCCUCUUCCGCUACAUCUUGGAUUACAUGAGGGACCAGCAGCUGGUGCUGCCCGACCACUUCCCGGAGCGGAGCCGUCUCCAGCGGGAGGCUGAGUACUUCAUGCUGCCCGAGCUGGUGAAGCUGCUGGCCCCCAAGCUCAGCAAGCAGAACUCGCUGGGAGAUGACCCAUGCCAAAGCGACCCCGAGGAGCUCUCCCCCAGCGCCGAUGCCGGCCGCAGCCUGACCUCUGCCGGCGCCGCGCCGCCCGCCGCUGCGGCCGCUGGCCCCGGAGGUGCCGUCCCCGCCGGCGCCGAUGCCCGCAGGGCAGGGUUCAUCACCAUCGGCUACCGGGGCUCUUACACCCUGGGCAGGGACAGCCAGACGGACGCCAAGUUCCGCAGGGUGGCGCGGAUCAUGGUCUGCGGCAAGACGUCGCUGGCCAAGGAGGUCUUUGGAGAUACCCUGAACGAAAGCAGGGACCCAGACAGGCCCCCGGAGAGGUACACCUCCAGGUACUACCUCAAAUUCACCUUCCUGGAGCAAGCCUUUGACAAACUGGCCGACGCUGGCUUCCACAUGGUGGCCUGCAACUCCACAGGCACCUGUGCCUUCGCCCAUGACCAGACAGACGACAGGAUCUGGACCUCUUACACCGAAUAUGUUUUCUAUCGUGAGUGACACCAAAAACCCAAACCCAACCCACCAACCAAACACCGACUCUCCCUCUCCUUCCCUCUGCUGGCUCCUUCCUAGAAGGUAGACAUCCGACCCCUGAAUCCCAGCGUCCCUCUUUUUGCCUCCUUUUGAGUUUGUUCUUGAGUUUCUCCUCCUCCUCCUCCUUCCUCCACGUUGAACCUGUUGGGCUCUUCCUUGUCGCAGCCGCUGACCGCCGACCUUCUCCCCUGUCUCCGAAUUCUGCAGUAGCCACCUGUAGCUCCCAACCCUCCCUGGAUGUGUGGACUUGGACACUGUCAUGUACAUGUUUUGGGUGGGAGGUGGUGGGGGGGAUGGACACUGGACUCUACUCUAAGCUGGGAUUCCUGCAGCUGGAUGAGCUUGUCCAUGGUGGACACUGAACUUGGCUUUGAUUCCCUGUACACUGUGCAGCUCCUCAGGAACGUGCUGCAGAUGCUCUUAUUUGAUCUCUCAAGGGGUUCAAGUCAGGGUUUGAGGGGUUUAAGGACAUGGAGAAA